UGAUUGGCUCCCUGUUCUCCCCCAACGGGUCCAAUCCCUGGCCAGGAGGGUUCCCCUGACAACCUGUAAACCCAACACAGAUCACCCAUCUUGCUUACGGAAGGGAACACAAAACCGGUUUGUUUGUUUGACUCUUUCCAGGCGAAUCCAGGGCCCUGACUUUAGAGCAAGGCAAUAUGUUCUGUGUUAGGAAGAGCAUGAGUGGCCGGAACUAUAGCCCUGGGGUGCUUAUCGGAAACUGGAACGAAGAUGUCUACCUUGAAGAGGAACUACUGAAAGACUUCUUACAUAAAAGAGAAAAGGGGGAACUUCUCAUCCAGAAAUCAGAACGACUGAAAGAUAAUCUUUAUAAGAAGGAGCAUCUCUCCAUUUCAAAAGAUGGAUUUGUUCACUUUGGGGACACCGUUCUCCUUGUGAACCCGGAUGACAACACAUCCACGGAGAGAGACCCUACUACAAGUGGGGACCUCUCCUUAGCUGUGAGCCCCGAAGAAGAAGAAAUACACAGAUCUCAAAAGCUGGUGGCUCCCUGCGGAGUGAGUGCGGUCAGAAGCGUGACACCAAUUGGGCGAAAUGCAUUUCGGAUUUUAAGCAUUGAAGGAGAAGCAAUGGGAGAGCCUCUUCGAUUUGGGCAGAACUUUGGUCUUGGAGCAACGGGAGGGUUUCCAGAUCAAAUGCUAUAUCUAAUGAGCGACCACAAGACGUUUAUGAAUAUGACCAAGAAAUCCCACACCCAGUCUGCGUUCAUGACGGAUGAACUUACGUACCUGGCUUCUUGGCAAGCUAUCUUUUUGGAUCCACAGUUUCGCCUGGAAUACGAAGGUUUCCCAGUUCCUGCAAACACCAAGAUUCUCAUUGUCCACAGCUAUACAAACCAAGGAUUGGCGAUUCAUAGAGACUUUUAUGUAAGGUAA